AUCUAACAAACCACCUCAUUAGGACAUUUAAACACCCCGCCUCUCACUCACUCAGCUGUUAUCUCACUCUCCCUAUCUCUUCCUCCCUCGAUGUUGACAGAAGGUUCCCCACACACCUGCUACACACCUGGUCACUGCCACACCUGCACAUAAUGAGUGGAAGGACGAGACCCAAGCACCUGCAGAUUUUAACACCUGAGGAGGAGCUGGAAAACCUGAAGAACGAGGUUGGCGUCCUUCACCGUGCUGUGGAGAGCAAGAGUGCUGCCGUGGGCAUCCUGAGGGCGGAGCUGCAGGAGUGCCAGAAGGAGAGGGACAAGUUCCGGACGCUGGCUGAGCAGGGCGGCGGCACAGCACUGCACCGGCCCCCUGCCCUGGUGCCGGGGAAGGCAGCGUUGGGUGAUCCCGGCCGCUCUGCAAUGUUGAGUGGGGCGGACGGCACUCUGGCCCAGCUGCUGUGUCAGGCCAAGGAGGAAAACCGUAUGUUGAGACAGGAGGCCACGGAACUGAGGUGUCGCCUGCACGAUGCCCAGGCUGAUACCAAGGUGCUGCGGGAGGAGGUGCAGCGUUGGCGUGGGGGCGGGGAGGGUCGGCGCGGCAGCCAGGCUAACACAGCACUCACCCAGCUGGCACUACAGGAGCGGGAGCAGUUUAUAUCGCAGAUGGAGGAGCUAAGUGCCAAGUGCCAGGCGUUGGAGGGGGACGUGAGGGGGCUGGUGGAGGAACGAGAGGAGCUGGUGAGGGAACUGGACGCAACUCACCAUAAACUUCAUCGUCUUAAUUAUAUUCUGAACACUCUCCUCAACUCCCCUCACCACUCGGCCACUACAGCUCCCCCAAAGCGUAUUGUUGACCUUGACGGCAUUAUUACUGAGAACAGGUACUUACAGCAGAGACUCAAGCAGGCUGAGGAGGAGGUUACUCUAGCCAGGAGCAACUCUUUCAAAUACAAGUCAGCCCUGGAGAGGUGUCGGUCGCAGGGAUCCGUCAAGCUCGGCACCUCAGAGAACCUCAUUGUCACCCCAAAGCAAGUGAGUGAGCUGCUGCAGGAGUACCGUGGGGAGGUGGGUGGCCUGGCGGAGAGUGACCUGCGCUCCCUGUGUGUGGCGCUGGUGGAUGCCCUGGGCCAGCGCUCCAGGGCCCUGCGCACACAACGCUCUGCUAACAGAGUCCUCGUCAACCGCGUGAACGAACUGGAGCGACGACUGAUAGACCAGAGCAACCACGGGGUAAAAGCCAGCAUGGAGAGCGAGCAGGAAGGAGAGGAGGCCACGACGGAGCUCCCACUGGCCACACAGGAGCUGAUGGAAGGGUACACGCCCCCUGCCGGUCGAGGAGGCCUGGCGUGGGUGAAGGAGGAGGAUGUAUCUCGUGACCCAAGGCUAUCAAAGUUCCUGGGACGUUUUUCCUCUCAGCUUCCUGUGCAGAGAGAGAAUGGUGAUGGCGGAGACACAGAGACACAGGGGACAGUGGAACAAGACACAUGUGAGAAGGACAUGAGCAACGGACAGCAAGACAAGGAGGAAAGCACAGACAUGAUAAAUGGUAAGGAAAGUGAAAAGAUGAAUGAAAAAAGCGAUAAAAAGAUUAACGAUACCAAGACUCACAAAGGAAUUAUUAGAGAGGAAGAAGAGGAGGAGGAGGAAGAGGAGGAGGAGGAGGAGGAGGAGGGUGAAGAAGAUGUCCCUCUCCUUGAAGACUCUCACCAGCCUCAGAGACCAGUUGAGGAUGACCUGGAGGAGAUCGUGCCUCUGGACCAACUAGAUGCAUACAUUAAAGAAAUGCAAAUGAACAGACGACGCUCAGCUCACAAAGGCAAGGCAGAGAAGAAGAACACGAAGAAUGAAGUGGCAGAAAAUGAACAAAAGAAUGAACAAACCAACCUGCAGGAAACUGAGAAUGUAGAUCGAGGAAGUAGAGAGACAGUGAGGCACGAAAAUGGACAGAGGAAAGCGAAUAAAGGGGAGAAAAAGGAGACUAGAGAAAACGAACAGGAAGGAGGUGAGAGGAAGAGAGGAGAGGCAGAGGGAGAGACAACAGAAACAGAGAAGAAAAACGACACAAAACAAGAAACACACGAUACAAGAAAUGAAAAACAAACGGCGAAUCAAGACACAUUCGAGAAAAACACCAAAGAAGAAGAGGAUGAUGACGAUGAUGAUGAGAGUAUUGACUUGGAUCUCAGCGACUACGACAGCGACAACGACAACUUGGAUCUGGCGCUGAGGGAAUGGAAGAACGACUGUGGAGGGAAGGUUGGCGGGGAGGUGUCUUCACCAGCAAGGGGAGGGAAGAGGGAGGGAUUCAAACUGUGGAGGAAAGAGAAAAAGAGUAGCGAUGAUCUGGAGCUCCCGUCGGCCCUCCAGGCGCUUCUUGACAAGGCAACGGUGGCGGCAAAGAUGGAUGACGCUGGGUGGACGACGUGAGAGUGAAAUAUCUCAGGGUAGUUUAAAAAGUUGUGGUUUUAUGUUUUUUUAAUUUUUCAUUUAAUGAUUCCUCAGGUUGUGCUAUUGUUGUUAUUUGUCUUGUAUACAGUUAAGCAUUAUAAACACACAUUUUACAUAUCAGUUACUUCUUUUCUCUUUAACACACACACACAAACGUACACACUCUUUCUCCCUAUUAAACAAAACACAAGCACUGUUAAACUACUACUUUUCCUAACUCUGCCCAGUACACACCUCAAAUAUGUACACAAAAUUAUUAACACACACAUACACACACCAUUAACUCACAGCAAAUCCUCAUAAAAUGCCCAUAACUCAUAACCAAUCCUCAUAAACUUAACAGUACAGAAAGCUGACAAAUGAAUGAUAGUCUUGCUUUUCCAGCCAGGAUAGGCACUUCCAAUGAGGUGCUUUCAUUAAUUUCCUUGCCCUUAGAAUGGAGGCUCUCAAAACACACUUCACUACACCAGCACAGCCUUGAGUCUUGUAAUGUUGAGGUCACAGCACCAGGGAGUCUGACAACAUCGUGAACC